AUGCGCCCUUCGCAUUCCCUCAUUGGCGCUGCCGUACUGGCUGCUGCCAACGCCGAGUCAUGCGUAUCUCUGAGGACCAGGACCUCGAUGAAGGAGGUUAUCGUUACCAAGACCCUCGAGGUCACCGAGGUCAUCGAUUGCCCCGGACCGACCUUGAUUCCCUCUCAGUGGCCCAGUCACGUCAUCCCAACCCUCAAGCCACCCGCCACCACCACUCUUACUACCUCUUACAUUGUCACGUCGUGUCCCCCCACAGUCCCGAGCUGCUCUAUCGGCGAGACCACCACGGUGACUAUCACGACGACGUGUGGCGAUGAUGAACCGGAGACUACUCGUAGUCCAGAACCUUCAGCCCCGUCAACUGCCGGCCCCGAACCUUCGACUAGCGAGGACUGUGAGGAUGAAACCUCUACUACUCCCGCUAGCCCUACAACCUCUAGCUGUGAAGAGGAAACGACUGCUAGUCCCGAGCCUUCCACUAGCUCCGACUGCGAAGACGAGACUACCACUUCUCCAGCCGUUCCCACAACUUCUGAUUGUGAUGAAGAGUCAACUACUACCGGACCUGAGCCAUCCGCAACCUCGGACUGCGAGGAGGAGACAAGUACUCCUGGCCCUGAACAGCCCACUAGCUCGGAUUGUGAGGAAGAAACCACCACUGCUGAUGUCCAGCCCUCAACAACUUCGGACUGUUAUGAAGAGACUACUACCUCUCCUCCUGCCCAGACCACCUCGGACUGCGAAGAGGAGAAGUCUUCUACGUCAGAGUCCACGCCUACGACUUCGGAUUGUGAUGAGGAGCCGUCGACUGCUCAUCCCUCUCCGUCCACCACAAGUGACUGCGAUGAAGAGACCACUACGUCUCCCCCCGCUCAGACUACCUCUGACUGCGAUGACGAGACCACCACCACCCUCAGCGUCCCCGCUACGACCGAUUGUGAAGAUGAGAGUACCAGUAGCCCUGCAUCUCCCACGACUUCCGACUGCGAGGAUGAGACAAGCACUCCUGGCCCUGAACCAUCUACGACUUCAGAUUGUGAAGAAGAGACAACCACUUCUGAUGUCCAGCCCUCCACAACAUCGGACUGUGACGAGGAGACGACCACCACCAGCCCUAGCGUCCCCUCCACGACCGAUUGUGAGGAUGAGACCACCAGUAUCCCCGCGCCUCCCACGACUUCUGACUGCGAAGAUGAGUCCACAACCCCACCUAGCCAGCCAACUACCUCGGACUGCGAAGAUGAGACAACGACCACUCGACGUCCCACUUUUUCAACUAGCGACUGCGAGACCAGCACCCUGAUCACAAGCACCCGACGUGGAAAACCCACAACCACAACCACAAAGGCGCCGAGCUCUACUUCGAAGAAGACAUCCUCCACCAGCCCUCCUUCUACUCCGACCGACUGCCCUAGGAACUAUCCCGCCGACAUUGUCGACGAGCUUCGUGAUGAGAGCAUCGACAAGUUGAAGGAUUACUUGGCUAAGAACCCUCCAUCGAGCGGUUGCACUCUCGAGAAUGUCAGCAUCCGACGUGAAUGGUCUGACCUCUCUGUUCCUAAGCGGGAGGAGUACAUCGCCGCGGUCAAAUGUCUCCAGAAGCUCCCUCCCAAGUCCUCGGCCAAGGAGGUCCCCGGUGCCCGCUCCCGCUUCGACGACUUUGUUGCUGUUCACAUUCUCCAGACGGACUCUGUCCACAACACGGCCAACUUCCUCUCGUGGCACCGUUACUAUGUCCACGCCUACGAGCAGGCCCUCCGCAACGAAUGCGGGUACACCGGCGCCCACCCUUACUGGAACUGGGACCGCUACGCCAAGGACCCCGCAAACUCGCCCAUCUUCAACGGCAACUCGUCCUCGAUGAGCGGUAACUCCCCCUCCAAGGGCAAGUGCGUCAACACGGGGCCCUUCGCCGACAUGUCCGUCAACUUGGGUCCUGGCAAGUCGACAAAGUAUAACCCUCGCUGUCUCGAGCGCGACAUCAGCAAGGACUGGGCCUCAAUGACGACCGUAGAGUACUCGUACCCGUUGAUUGCCGAGAGCAAUUCCAUUUCGAGGUUCCAGGAUAGGCUCCAGGCUGUUCCUGGUGUUCAUGGUGGUGGUCACUUUACGAUUGGCGGUGAUCCCGGGGGUGAUAUUUAUACCUCGCCCGGUGACCCGGCGUUCUACCUCCACCACGCAUCGAUUGACCGCGUCUGGUGGCUCUGGCAGCUUCAGGAUCUUGACGCUCGCCUGUCCGCUGUUGCGGGCAAGGUUGUUGGAUCUUCCAAAUCCGGAUCGCUCGAUGAUCCUAUUGGCCUCGGUGUCAACGGUGCGACCAAGAAAAUUCGGGACGUCAUGAACACCAUGGACGGAGACUUGUGUUACAUCUACAUGUAG